GGAAUCCCUGUCAAUUUUUUACUGUUACAGAUAUUUCCUUUCACUUGUCUAGGUGACAAUGUCAAGGCACCCUUUAAAAUUAUGGACAGCCCCGAUGCACCCUUUCAAAAUAUGGACAACCCCGAUGCACCCUUUAAAAUUAUGGACAGUCCCUGAGGCACCCUUUAAAAUUAUGAACAGUCCUGAGGCACCCUUUAAAAUUAUGGACAGUCUUGAUGCACCCUUUGAAGUUAUGGACAGUCUUGAUGCACCCUUUAAAAUUAUGGAGAGUCCUGAGGCACCCUUUAAAAUUAUGGACAGUCUUGAUGCACCCUUUAAAAUUAUGGAGAGUCCUGAGGCACCCUUUAAAAUUAUGGACAGUCUUGAGGCACCCUUUAAAAUUAUGGACAGUCUUGAGGCACCCUCUAAAAUUAUGGACAGCCCUGAGGCACCCUUUAAAAUUAUGGACAGUCUUGAGGCACCCUUUAAAUUUAUGGACAGU